AUGGCCGCGCCCAUAACGACUGUGUCCGAGAGCCGGGAGGUUCGAGGCCUCAAUCUCGUCGCUGCGCAUUCUCACAUUCGCGGUCUUGGAGUCGAUCUAGCUACCCUAGAGCCCCGCGGAACAUCCCAAGGCCUGAUCGGUCAACAGAAAGCACGAAAAGCCGCAGCCGUUAUCCUGCAAAUGGUCAAAGAGGGAAAGAUUGCCGGCAGGGCGGUUCUUGUUGCUGGGCCUCCAAGCACGGGAAAGACUGCAAUUGCCAUGGCGAUGGCACAGUCCUUGGGGCCUGAUGUCCCAUUCACAAUGCUCGCCUCCUCCGAGAUAUUCUCCCUAGAGAUGUCCAAAACCGAAGCCCUAACACAAGCAUUUCGAAAGUCGAUAGGUGUGAGAAUCAAGGAAGAAAGCGAGAUCAUUGAAGGGGAGGUGGUAGAAAUUCAGAUUGACAGAAGUGUUUCGGGGGGCAACAAACAAGGCAAACUUACAAUCAAGACUACCGAUAUGGAAACGGUCUAUGACAUGGGCACCAAGAUGAUUAGCUCGAUGACCAAGGAAAGAGUCAUGGCCGGGGAUGUUAUCUCAAUCGACAAGUCGUCUGGGAAAAUCACCAAGCUAGGUAGAUCGUACACGCGAUCGAGAGAUUAUGACGCCAUGGGCGCCGACACGAAAUUUGUCCAAUGCCCAGAGGGCGAACUUCAGGUCCGGAAAGAAGUUGUUCACACAGUCAGCCUCCAUGAGAUUGAUGUCAUCAACUCAAGAACACAAGGAUUCCUUGCACUGUUUUCUGGCGACACUGGAGAAAUUCGAAGCGAGGUGAGAGAUCAAAUCAACACCAAGGUGGGCGAGUGGAAAGAAGAAGGCAAGGCUGAAAUUAUUCCUGGGGUUCUUUUCAUCGACGAAGUGCAUAUGCUGGACAUUGAAUGCUAUUCUUAUAUCAAUCGUGCUCUGGAGGAAGACCUUGCGCCCAUUGUUAUUAUGGCGAGCAACCGAGGAAACACUCGGAUACGGGGGACGACGUAUAGCUCGCCCCACGGACUUCCACUAGACUUCCUGGAUCGGGUGGUCAUCAUCAGCACGCAACCUUAUGCGUCAGAGGAGAUUUCUCAGAUCCUAGCCAUCCGAGCUCAGGAGGAAGAAGUCGACCUGUCGGCAGAUGCUCUGGCCCUACUCACCAAGAUCGGACAGGAGUCAGGGUUGAGGUACGCAAGCAAUAUCAUCACCACCUCAACGCUACUCAGCCAGAAGCGCAAAGCAAAAGAGGUCAGCAUCGAUGAUGUUCAGCGAAGCUACAAGCUCUUCUAUGAUCCUACGAGGUCAAUGAAACUUGUCAGUGAUUUCGAGAAACAGUUCAUUGGUGACAGUGGACAGGUCAGCUUUAGCGUCAACGGCAGCAAUGGCACAAAUGGAGAUGCCAUGGACACUGCCUAA